UAGCAAACCGGAAUAUGGACCGAGUUUCUCCAAUUUUUACUUAAUUUGUUCUCUAAUAAAAGAGGCAAAAAUAAACCUCAUAUCCGGGAGCACCAUCUGGUUGUACAAAAUACAUCAUGGUUUUUUAUUUCACCAGCAAUGUUGUAUCCCCAGCUUACACCAUAUAUAUGGGUGAAGAUAAGCAUGAAAAUGAGGAACUUAUUAGAUGGGGUUUUCCUGAAGAUGUUUGGUUCCAUGUUGACAAAGUCUCCUCUGCACAUGUGUAUCUAAGGUUGCAUAUAAAUGAAACUUUAGAUGAUGUUCCACAGUCCGUGAUAGAUGACUGUGCACAACUUGUAAAGGCAAACAGUAUCUCAGGUAACAAAAUGAAUAACAUAGAAGUUGUGUACACGAUGUGGGCUAACUUAAAGAAAACUCAGGGCAUGGACGUCGGACAGGUUGGAUUCUUUAAGGAUAAAGAGGUCAGAAAAGUGAAAGUAGAGAAAAGAAUAAAUGAAAUAGUUAACAGGAUAAAUAAAACGAAAACUGAGGAUCACCCAGAUUUCCGUAAGCUAAGGGAAGAUCGAGAUCGGGAGGAACGAGAUAAUCAAAAAAAGAAGAUGGCGGAGCAAAGGAAGAGAGAGAGGGAAGCAGAGGAGCAGAAAAAGAAAGACUCGGAAACAAGAUCUUAUGCAAGUUUAAUGAGACCAGAAAAUAUGAGUUCAAAUCAAGAUGAUGGUAAUGACUCGGAUGAUUUUAUGAGAAAUUGUACCCAGAUUCCAAUACCUAAAAUGGAAUCUCGUGUCUUUGCUGACGCGGGGAGACUGGCAACAGUUGCCGUAGGAAUAAACGCCAUAGACACCGUAGCUGUUGACGACUGUUACCCAACAACACAUCAUCCAAAUGUCCAGAUGGCUACACAGACAUUCGUAACAGAUUUGCAAGCAAUGAACCCAACUGUAGUACAAGUUCAGGGUUCCUCCAAGUCCCCAUCUACCUCUCAAUCACAGAAUGGACAGAAGACUACUAUCAUACAGCCCUCCCAAACACAUUCAGGACAGCAGUUCAUUGUUACAAUUCCAGAUCAGCUAGGAGAUCAGGGACAGAAUGCUGACACUGUGACUAUUCAACAGGGAGGACAAACAGUUUACCCUACACAUGUACAGUACGUAGAUGGCUCUGAUCCUGGUAUCUACGCAAAUGGGCAAAUGCAAGGUACUUACCAGAAUGAGUACGGACAGACAAUGUAUACCCCAGUAUCUAGCACAUACUAUCAGAGUACAGGGCAGCAGUUAGGGACGGUACAGACUGUUCAGGGACAGAUAUUGCAGCACCAGGGUGGAACAUAUCUAAUCCAGGGAGGCACCAUGGACGGGGAAGGCACCCCCCUAACCCACACCACCAGAGCCUCGCCUGCCACGGUCCAGUGGUUGAUAGACAAUUACGAGACAGCUGAGGGCGUGAGUUUACCUCGGAGUACCCUGUAUAAUCACUACCUUCGACAUUGUCAGGAGCAGAACUUAGAUCCCAUGAAUCCAGCUUCUUUUGGGAAACUUAUCAGAUCUGUGUUCUUGGGACUAAGAACUAGACGAUUGGGUACAAGGGGGAACUCUAAAUAUCAUUAUUAUGGGAUAAGAAUAAAAGCCAAUUCUCCAUUAAAUCAGUUCACAGACAAUGAAACCAUGGCAAUCAGACAACAACCAAUGUAUCAUGGUAAAGGGAAAGGAGAAACAGAUGGCUCAGACAGUAAUCAGGGUUCACAUGGACCACAUGAUCCCGCCAAGGCUCAACAAGAACAACAUCAACAGUUUCUAGGGGAUGCCUCAGCAGCCCUUCCUAAUUUUGGUGAUAUUGACACAUCUGUGCCUUUCCCUGAUGGAGUUACUAUUGAGCAUAUCAAAUCGUUUGAAAAAAUGUAUAGAGAACAUGCCGAAGCUAUUGUUGAUGUAGUGGUCAAUCUACAAUUCUCUCUCAUUGAAGCCUUAUGGCAGGGCUUCUGGAGAAAUCAACCCCCAGAUCAGUUAACGGCUGACAAUGAUUAUGAGAAGCGGUUACCAAAGGAUAAGUUAUAUAUGGUCAGUUCAUAUGAGCCUCUUCAGCAAUGGGUCAGGAAAGCAGAUUACACAUUUUAUCAAGCACUAGUAGAAGUUCUGAUUCCAGAUGUUUUACGACCUAUACCUAGUUCACUUACACAAGCCAUAAGGAAUUUUGCCAAAAGUUUAGAAAACUGGUUGAAAGGUGCCAUGACUGGGGUCCCAGAGGAAAUGGUUAAGACAAAGGUGAGUGCUGUCAGUGCCUUCGCUCAGACUCUGCGUCGGUACACCUCACUGAACCACUUAGCUCAGGCAGCAAGGGCAGUUCUACAGAACACUUCCCAGAUCAAUCAGAUGUUAACUGAUCUCAACCGAGUGGACUUCGCAAAUGUACAAGAGCAAGCAUCCUGGGUCUGUCAAUGUGAUGAUGAUGUGGUUCAGCAGUUACAGGAUGACUUUAAAAAGACCUUGGAGCUCCAGAACUCGUUGGAACAGUGGGCUGUCUGGCUUGAGGGGGUGGUCAACCAAGUCCUUAAACCUCAUGAAGGGAGCGACAACUUUCCUAAAGCAGCCAGGCAAUUUUUGCUGAAAUGGUCAUUUUACAGCUCAAUGGUGAUAAGGGAUUUGACUUUGAGAAGUGCAGCUAGUUUUGGUUCUUUUCACCUGAUUCGUCUUCUGUAUGAUGAGUACAUGUUCUACCUGGUGGAACACAAAGUGGCAGCUGCUACAGGAGAGACUCCCAUAGCUGUCAUGGGGGAGUUUAUUGACAUUAGCAGUGCUGUACUGAUGAGUAAUCUUGAAGCUGAAACAAAGCCUGUAGUGAUUAAUAAGCCUGCAACAAAUGCUACGACAACCUCUGCUCAAACAUUGCUGAACAAAAGUGAGACUGGACAGCCCAAUACCACCACACUUAUGGUCUUGUCCAAUUCUGGCACUACUGGAAAUGUCAAUGGGAAUGUCAUUGUGACAGCAGCUCCAGGUUCAAACCCUACCACUGUUACUGUAAGGGCAGCCAGUACAGGAAAUACUAUCCCUGGAACCAAAACCAUUGUUGUGAUGCCAGUAUCUAAUGCAGUGGGCUCAGGGGAUGCACAAAGUGCCAAGAGAUUAAAAGUGGAAUAGGAUUUACUACAGUACAUACAAGGAUGAACAAAUUGUGUUAUUUUAUGAUGAUAAUUCACCCCUUCUUGAAGUUGUAAUUCCAUCCUGUUUUGUACAUAUGUUUUUAUGUAUUUAGUGUACAUGUAUAAAAAUGCAUGUUAAGAGUUCAAGCAGUUGAUGAAAUGAAAAAUGAUUUAGCAAAGUACAAUGGAUAACGUAACACUUUGUUAAAUGGCAAUCUUUUCCCCUUAAAACUGAGAAUUAAUUGUGUUGAUUGAUCAGUCUCAAGGUCAAUAGACAUUGAAAGGUGGGUGAACUGCAAUGUAUGCAAAAAAAGGAUCUGGAAAAGAGGCCAGUAAAACGACAACUAGAAAAUGGCAGUGACACAGUUGUGAUAAAACAUUAGAUAGAAUAUUUCUGUAAUUUUUGACUGUAUUUUAUGGUGUUGCUUCUGAAAAGUUACUUUGAUGUCAAUUACAUGAUAAAAAUUUAAUGCAUUCAUUAUUCCCUCACAAUUUAUUGUGAUAGGGGAUAUAUUAACGGGACAGUUCGUUUGUGGGCGAGUGUGUGUGUGUGACUGUGAAGUUGCAGACACUCUUUGCAUGAUUGAUACUUCACAGGUAGCUUUAUUAUCAAAAGAGGAAGAACCCUAUUGAUUUUUAGGUCCAAAGAUCAAGGUCACUAUGGAACUUAUUAGUAAAAGUUUGUAAACAUUCUACAGGCUAUAUUUUUUGCUUCUUUGAUUUGAUACUUCAUAUGUAGCUUUGUUCUCGAGAGAGAGAGAACACUACUGAUUUCGGGGUAUAAAGGUCAAAGUUCAACAUCACUUGGAAUUCAUAAUUCUUGUAAAAACUCUGCAGACCAUAUUUCCUGAUCAAUUUGAUACUUAUCAUAUAGGUUUAUUAUCAAGAAAGGAAGACCCCUAUGGGUCCAUAGAAAAGCGCUUGUGGACACUCGUGAGGGGAUAUGCCCUGCCUUGUGAAGCUCUUGUUUACCAUGCAUUCAUCUUUUGAAUUUGUUUGUAAUUGCAUACUGUUUCAAAUUCUUUUUAUUUUUUUUUUCCUUUCAAAUUCUUGGUCUCUUGUCGUACAUGAUUGAAUACUGCUCAUUGAAUGUUUUAAAUUCAGUAUUAUCUCCCAAUCGGUUUCUGCUAGAGUAUUGCAUUGUUUCAUGAAAUUUUACAUGACAGAUGUAGCAAGCUGUUCAAGUUGCAUGUACGUGAAAGCAGGGAGUUGCACAAAGACACAUAUACAGGUCUUUUCUUUUUAAUUUUGCAGGCAUUGUGUAUAAUUUUAGAUACUAGUCAUAUUUAUGGAUGUUUUUUUUUUGUUUGGUUUGUUUUUUUCCCCCAUCAUUUGGAAGGGUAUUCCAAAUACUUAUUCAGUUUGGAUUGCUUUGUCCCAAUAUAGCAAAAUUGUAUUUUUGGUUUAAAAAAAAGAAUCUUGUGUACAUACUAGUAAAUAUGCUAGUUAGCUAUAGAUCUCUUGUAUAUAGCUAAAUAAUUAUUUCGUAGGAAUUGAAUUUGGAGAUCAGAUUUUGCCGAUGCACUAUAGACUUUCGAAGUUUUUACACAUCAAUAUUAUUCCCUUCCUUUUGCAGUAGUUGUUCGACAAUCUGUGCCUUAGAUCAAAUGUAGCUGGACAAUGUUUGUACAGAAAGUAUAUGAACGUAGUUUAGCAAGAUGUGUAUUUUGCGAAUCAGGCAGGUAGUCUUUGAGAGCUUAAUUUUCUGAUUUGCAGUUAUUUAUGUUAUUUAUUAGUGUAUAAAUGGGGAAAGGCAUUGUGUUCAAUGAGACUGCUUCUCUUGUACUGCUGUUACCUUCUGAAGAAGGUAACAUUAAUGAUUCUGAAAAGUUAUUUUUGUGAUUGGAAAUCUUGAUAAAAAGUUAUGAAGAAUUGAAAUGAAUAAAACAAUUUGUUAAAUUAA